AGCAAGAAGAAGAGCCGCAAGCACCAGCGGUUCAUGGAGCGCCGGGCGCUGCUGGAGCAGAAGGGGCUGCUGAGACCCCGCCGGUGCCUGGGCAGCCAGGCCCCCGUGGCGGGGCUGGAGGCACGCAGCACGCUCACCAAGGCGGGUGGCACCACGGCACUGUGCUGCGGGAAGGUCCCCAAGCCCAAACAGGUCAUCCCCCCUUCCCUGUCCCCAUCUGCCUCUCCGGACAGCAUAGCCAGGCACCACUCCGUGCUGCUGUCUCAGGGGAAUGGCAGCUCUAAGGGGGUGCGAAUGUCCUCCCCGCUCCUGCGCCCGGGCAAGUACGUGGCCAUCGACUGCGAGAUGGUGGGCACCGGCCCUCAGGGCAGGCUGAGCGAGCUGGCGCGGUGCUCCGUGGUGAACUAUGAGGGGGACGUCAUCUACGACAAGUAUGUCCAGCCUGAGCUCCCCAUCGUGGACUACCGGACGCGCUGGAGUGGCAUCACCAAGCAGCACAUGAAGAGUGCGAUUCCUUUCAAGGCUGCCCAGGCAGAGAUCCUGAAGAUCUUGAAAGACAAGAUUGUGGUAGGACACGCCAUCCACAAUGACUUCCAAGCCCUGAAGUACUUCCACCCGAAAGACAGGACCCGAGACACCAGCCAGAUCCCCAUGCUGAAACAGAGGGCAGGGCUGCCCAUCAGGGCCAGCGUCUCCCUCAAGAACUUGGCCAGGCACCUGCUCCAGAAAAAGAUCCAGGUCGGCUGCAAAGGGCACUCGUCGGUGGAGGAUGCUCAGACGGCCAUGGAGCUGUACAGACUGGUGGAGGUGCAGUGGGAAACGGAGCUGGCCCGCAGCCUGCCCCCCCGGCCCCCCAGCCCCGUCACGGACCCCACCACAGAAAAUAAGCGCUGCGGCUGCACCAUGUUCAUCUGUCACUUGGUGCUUGGGGACGAGCAGGGUCGCGCUGCCAGCCUGGAGCCGCCCCCAUGG